AUGGAGGAUUGUGGAUUGAUGGAUCUGGGAUUCUAUGGAUCUAGAGUCACAUGGUCUAAUGGUAGGGGGCAAUGUGCUAUUGUAUGGAAAAGACUGGACGGGGGAAAAGCCAAUGAUCUAUGGCUCUUUCCUGCUGCCACAAUUACUCAUUUAGCUUCAGCAGGAUCUGAUCACAACCCCCUCCUAUUGGAACUUCAUACAAGACAAGACAGUGGCAAAAAGUACUUCAAAUUCCUCAACUGUUGGGUGGAUAAUCAAAGUUUUCUACCACUAGUUUCAGAAAUUUGGAACAAAGAAGUCAAAGGUAGUGUUAUGUGGGUGUUUCACCAGAAGUUGAAAGCUCUGAGCCAUGCUCUAAGUCUUUGGUCCAGACAACAAUAUGGUGAUAUCUUCCAAAAAGCCAAAGAAUAUGAACAAAGGGUGAAGGAUGCAGAGAUGAUUUGGGCUCAGACAAAUAAUGAUGCUGAUAGAGUAACUCUCAAUGAACUCAAAGCUCAGUAUGUUAGACAUCUGAAGGUGGAGCAAGAUGUUCUGAAACAGAAAACACAACUGCAAUGGUUCAAAGAAGGGAUGCCAAUUCUAGAUACUUCCACAGCCUGA